AGUUACCCAGCGAGCAGUCGCCUCCAGACACCCCCUGGGGCUAGAACACUUUCCUAAGGACUUUGCGUUUCUCUUUGGUGCCGAGAGCUGGGCAGGAUCCAGGGGGUUCCUUAGUCCUUCAAGCAAAACAAGAAGGCGAGGGCGUGAGAGAGCCUCUUUGGGCGUGAAUUCUUCCGUGGGCGUCAGCGCGAGGGCCCGAGUGCGCCUCCAACGCCAAAAUGGGGGUGAAAAAUGGAGGGAGUACUAACGACCUCACGUCAACGACCUCUGAACCCGGGCUGGAAAUGGUAGAGGCUCCGUCAGACAUCGUUCUGACGGAAGGCGAGAGGAAGUAUCUACUGUACGUCCAGCGGGGAGAUGUGGCGUCCGUCAGAAGACACCUCGAAGACUACAAGGACAGACCUCAGGAACUUGACAUCAACUGCACAGAUCCUCUUGGGAGAAGUUCCAUUGCCAUUGCUAUUGAGAAUGAGAAUUUGGACCUUCUUGAACUCCUCUUGAAGAAUAAGGUCAAGCCGAAGGACUCCCUUCUCCAUGCCAUUUCCGAGCAGUAUGUGGAGGGCGUGGAGCUCCUCCUCGAGUGGGAAGAGAAGACCCACAAGAAGGGAGAACCUUACAGCUGGGAGUCCAUGACCCGCGAGACAGCCACGUUCACCAAGGACAUCACGCCCCUGAUCCUCGCCGCCCACCACAACCACUAUGAGAUCCUCAAACUCCUCCUCGAUCGCGGGGCUUCGUUGCCCAUGCCCCACGACAUCAGAUGCGGCUGCGACGAGUGCAUCGUAUCGACGGAGGACGAUUCCCUCCGCCACUCCCUCUCCCGCAUCAACGCCUACAAGGCCCUGGCGUCUCCCUCCCUCAUCGCCCUGUCUUCCAAGGACCCGAUCCGCACCACCUUCGAGCUCUCCGGGGAACUGAGGCGCCUGCAGGGGAUGGAGCACGAGUUCAAGACGGAGUACAUUGAACUUCGCCAAACCGUGAUGAAGUUCGCCGCCGAGCUGCUGGACCAGACGAGGACCAGGAGCGAGCUGUCGGUCAUGUUGAACUAUGACCCCGACGGCCCCGUGUGGGAGGAAGGCGAGGUCAACUCUCUCUCUCGACUCAAGAUGGCCAUCAAGUACUCGCAGAAGGGGUUCGUAGCCCACCCCAACGUGCAGCAGCUCCUCGGUUCCAUCUGGUACGACGGCCUCCCAGGGUUCCGCCGCAAGACCAUGGUGGCCCAGUGCAUGACAUCGAAGCUGGCUAUGUUCCCCCCAAUGUGCUACAUCGUGAACCCGAAUUCUGAGAAGGGAAAGUUCAUGAAGAAACCCUUCGUGAAGUUUAUCUGUCACUGCGCUUCGUAUAUGUUCUUCUUGAUGCUCCUGGCUUUGGCUUCGCAACGGAUCGAAUACCUGUUAAUCGAAUGGUUCGGAAACGCUUGGUUACGAUCGGUCCUCGAGGAUUGGAAGAUACGAGAAAGAGGCUCCUUGCCCGGGCUGGUCGAAGUGUGCAUCGUGAUGUACGUCGGAAGUUUAAUAUGGGCCGAGAUCAAGUCCCUCUGGAGUGACGGCCUUCUGGAGUACAUCAAGGACCUGUGGAACAUCAUCGACUUCGUGACCAACUCGUUCUUCAUGACCUGGAUCCUCUUGCGUGCCACCUCGUUCCUCCUGGUCCAGCUCGACCUGUGGAACGGACUGUGGCCCUGGUAUCCGAGGGAACAGUGGCACAGCUUCGACCCCAUGUUGCUCUCUGAGGGAUGUUUCGGUGCCGCCAUGAUCUUCAGUUUCUUGAAGUUGGUGCAUAUCUUCAGCGUGAACCCGCACUUGGGUCCCUUGCAAAUCUCUCUCGGUCGCAUGAUUUUCGAUAUUCUCAAGUUCUUCUUCUUGUACACUCUCGUCCUCUUCGCCUUUGGUUGUGGUCUGAAUCAGCUGAUGUGGUACUACGCUGAGUUGGAAAUGCAGAAGUGUUACAGCUUGCCCGGAGGUCUGCCGGAUUACGACAAUCAAGAACAAGCUUGCUUUAUUUGGAGACGUUUUGCCAAUUUAUUCGAGACCUCCCAGUCUCUCUUCUGGGCUUCCUUUGGCCUUGUGGAGUUAGACGCCUUCGAACUCACGGGUGUCGGGAGUUUCACGCGAUUCUGGGCCAUGUUGAUGUUCGGGUCUUACUCGGUGAUCAACAUUAUCGUUCUGCUGAAUCUCCUCAUUGCUAUGAUGUCCAAUUCGUAUAAUGUCAUCUCGGAACGUUCGGACACCGAGUGGAAAUUCGCCAGGACGACCCUGUGGCUGAGCUACUUCGAGGACGGCGGCACUGUGCCUCCCCCCUUCAACGUCAUCCCGACUCCCAAGGGCAUCAUGAGGCUCUUCGGGCUGGGCGAGAAGAAGAUGAGGGGCUCGAUGAAGGAGAAGUCGAGGAAGCGAGCCGAGCAGCGUCACAUGAACGUCAUGCGUCUGUUGGUGCGUCGUUACAUCACCGAGAUGCAGCGAAAGGCCGACGAGAAGGGCGUGACGGAGGACGACAUCAAUGAAGUCAAGCAGGAUAUUUCGACUUUCAGGUACGAACUGAUCGACAUUCUGAAGAACAAUGGAAUGAACACCUCCAUGGUCAACGCCGAGGAAUCAGCCGUGGUGGGCAAGAAGGGCCGCGCCAUGGAGCGCCGCCUCAUGAAGGGCUUCAACAUCGGCAUGGUGGAGGGCAUCAUGACGGAGAUCCUGACGGCCGACAAGAAGCCCAAGAACAUCUUCAGCAAGCUCGCGCGCGCCAUCGGCAAGAAGAAGAAGGAGGACUGGAACUCGCGCGUGUCCCGGGCCUCGCUGCGCCGCGACCAGAUCGGCUCCUCGGAGACCAGCCUCCGCCGCUCGCAGACGUCCAUCAGGAGGCGCAUCCAGUACGAGAACGAGAAGCUGCUCAAGUCGCUCAACCCCGACGACAUCGCCGAGUACAACCCGAACCUGCGCUCGCACACGCCCACGACUCGCAUCGCCUACGCCAAGUUCAAGGUGAACACGCUCAAGAAGGAGAAGGAGAAGCAGAAGGCGGCGGAGCAGAAGGCCGUGACGCAGGCGAAGGCGGGCGCCGCCAACCAGCAGAUAGAGAUCGAGAAGAAGCAGGAGCUGGCCGUCAAGCCGCAGUACAAGUCCCCGACGCCGCAGGCCAGCAGGUCGCCCAGCCCCGCUCCCCGGGGCCCAGGUCCCCCCCUCCUAGUGGCCCCGCUUCCCCCCCGGGCCGCCCCAAGUCGCCCCCUCCGAGCAACCCCAAGAUCCCCCCUCCCUCGGCGCCGCCCACCGCGCCGCCGAGGUCCGGCCCCGCGCCCGGCAAGAUCUCCGUGCCGGCGGCCUUCCAGCAGCAGGAGACGUCGGCGCCUCCGCCGCGCAUCCAGCCGCCGCCCAGCAAGGCCAAGGCUAGCGUUCCUCCCCCGCCCGCGCCGCCGCCCCACGACUCCCACCGUCAGGAUCUCCGAGCCCCCAGUCAGGCCCAUCGCCAGCCAGCCCAAAGCCUCCCCCCAGCCGCCAAGCCAAGCCCCAGCCGCCAAGCCAGCCCGCCAAGCCCGCCCCCAGCAAACCCGCCCCUCCCGCUCCACGCCCUCGAAGGGCGGGGCCGACCCCAUCCCGGAGGGCAAGUCUCAGGUCACUGGCCAGGCGCCUGAAAGAGUUAUCCGAGCUCCGACUCGCUCAUAUUCAGAGACAUUUAGGACACAGACGGAGAGGCGGACUGGGAACUCUUGUCGUCAGCCAAUCACCUCGCGCCACAAUCAACGGUGUGGCAGAAGGGGAUCAGGUAAACAAUGGCAGAAAAUGACCUGCGGGCUGAAGUUGCAGACCGUCGGAAACAAGCAGCGGCAAAGAGGCCUCAAAGAACAACGGGGCUUCGGGCUGCACGAAACAAUAUGA